UGGCUGGCUGGCAGGCUGGCACACAGACUCUAUACUAUCUAUCUUUUGUGGGCCGUUCGGGCGGGUUGAAGUAUAACGUUGAAAGCAAACAGGUGAAUUAAACACUCCUGUCGAGACAACCGCACCGUUAAGACGUUACACGAUCGCCGCGGAGACCCGCAGAAACAGAAAAUCGGAAAUCUUUGUGCAGAUUUUGUGUAUGUGGACUUGAUUUUUUCUUUUGGUUUUUCUUUCCUUCGGUGACGGUGAUUUGCCCGUUCGCAUUCGAGGAGGCUCCGGGGGCUCCUGACUGGACCAAUUCGGAAAGCGAAUUUGUGCUCUGUUAGUGGAUUUGUUGUACACGAAUUACUGCGCUUAUUCCCAUUGGAUUAUUGUGUCAGAAAAUUGUUGUUGCUGUGCAAUUCUAGCUGCAAGUGCAAAUGUGACAAAAUUCGUCCCAUUAAAAACAAAAAUUCAAGGGUGAAGCUUUUCUCUUGUGUGCCAUACUAAAUCAAACAAAAAAAGUGUGUGCAGAGCAGAAGAAAGAAGGGUGUACAAAUCGAUUGAGCAGUGCGAAACGGAACGAAAAGUGAUUGCAAAGCUGAAUAAAAUUCACCUCGAAAUCGAAGGUCAAUCAAUGUGCGAACAGAUCAUACGAAUGGAUUGAUAGAUUCAAUGCUUUUGUGAGAGAGAGAAGAAUCUGGCCCCGGCAGAAGGCGCGGACUCGACUGGAUUGGAUCAAGUUUGAGCUGUGUACGAUAAUCGGAAGGAACCAAAGUUCAUUUUUUUUCUAGCAGACACAUCGGUCCACACACUCACACAAGCGGCUGAGGAUGCGGUUGACGCGGCUGUUCUACACGACGCUGCUCAUCGGCAUAUUACAGAUAAAUCAUCAUCCCAGCUAUUUAGUUCACUGUGAAAGCUCAUCGCUGGUUAAGUGUGGGAAGGCGCUGGAGCUCACGGGGGGCGACGAUACGGUGGAGGUGGUUAAAUCGAUUAGCCCCGGCGAGGAAGUCGAGAAGCGCGAAAAUGAUCCGGAUCAGGUGGCGCUGGAGUCCGUCGACCAGGAUCACCAGGGAGCGUCGUCAGCGUCGGUGCAUUCCUUUCCGCAGCACAUUCCACUUUCCAUAGGUCACGGGCCUGGACCCCAGUCGCAUGGUCCUCCGCCAGUUGGACCCCAUGGGCCACACCUAGGACACGGACCGAGCAGAGGAGCCCCUCAUGGACUGGGCCAACCUUUUGGUCCACCACCUCCUCCGCUGCCGGCUGCUCAUGCAUAUCAUGGCCCACCACCACCGCCGCCGCCUCCGAAGCUGCAACCGUCGACCGAUUUGGGCCAGGAUAAACUCUAUGGUGCUCCACCCCCGCUUGCCGGGAACGACCUGUGGUCCUCACCGCUACAGGAUAUGCCCAAAAUCGUUUCACUGGAUGUGAAAUGCGAAAAGCAGGGCAUGAAGGUUUUCGUUCAGUUCGACAAACCCUUCUUCGGCAUCAUCUUCUCCAAGGGGCACUACAGCAACAUCAACUGCGUGCAUCUGCCGGCUGGACUGGGCAAGACUUCUGCAACGUUCGACAUCGGAAUCCACCAGUGCGGCACGGCUGGCAACACGGAUAAUGCACUGUAUAAUGGCUACUCGGGAACGGAAUCGGGUGCUGGAUCGUAUUUCGAGAAUAUUAUUGUGCUGCAGUACGAUCCUCAGGUGCAGGAAGUUUGGGAUCAGGCGAGAAAGUUGAGAUGUACGUGGCAUGAUCAGUACGAGAAAAGUGUGACGUUCCGUCCGUUCCCGGUGGAUAUGUUGGACGUGAUUCGGGCUGACUUUGCUGGUGAUAAUGUUGGCUGUUGGAUGCAGAUUCAGGUCGGCAAGGGACCCUGGGCUUCCGAAGUUUCCGGUUUGGUGAAGAUCGGACAAACGAUGACGAUGGUGCUUGCGAUUAAGGAUGAUGAUAGUAAGUUCGACAUGUUGGUUCGUAACUGUAUGGCUCACGAUGGUAAGCGAGCUCCGAUUCAGCUGGUGGAUCAGCGGGGUUGCGUUACCCGACCGAAGCUAAUGUCCCGGUUUACGAAGAUCAAGAACUUCGGUGCCAGUGCUUCGGUACUGUCUUACGCUCACUUCCAGGCGUUCAAAUUCCCCGACUCGAUGGAGGUUCACUUCCAGUGUACGAUUCAAAUCUGUCGCUAUCAAUGUCCGGAGCAGUGUACCGACCCGGGAGUGUUGGAUGUACAUCAUCUUUCUGGUGGUCCCGAACAUCAACAGUACGGUCCUCCGCCACCUCCUCCACCGCCGUCUACUUUGGAUGCUCACGUGUAUGCGAACCGCAAACGGGAUGACCGACGAAUCCGUAGAACUCGUGAAGCCGGUGAAGCCCCGGAACAAAAGGAAGAUGUCGGAAUGAAGCGUAUUAUUCGUGUGGUAGCACCCGGAGAUUUAACCUUCCCAAUCGGAAGCCAAAAUAGUACCAACGAUUCAACGAUGAUAUUCCCAGCUCGGGAGGAAGGUUUAAUCUGUAUGACAACGCCUGGUUUUACCGUCACGAUUGUAGUGCUCCUCUCGAUUCUUAUCGCCUCUUGUCUGACGUCGGCGUUCCUUUGUGUACGGCUGAAGCCGUUCUCUCUGACUUCGAGGAAGGAGCGUGCGGUAGCCUUCACGAAUCCCCGCCUAACUCCUUCGACGGCCUCGAUCGUUUCCAGUGGGCCCAGUUCACUGGUAAGCGGUACCCUCAAGUCCACCAAAUCUCUCAAGUCGAGAAAUUUCUACUCGUAAUCGUCGCACGAAGGACGAAGAGGAAGAAAGAACACACAAUAGCCAGGUAACAAGAAAUACAUCACGCACACACACACAUCUGUAAGUACAAGGUUCUCAGUGUUGAACACAACCCAAACUUCCCGAACAGCUGAAAAAAAGCACUCAUCCUGCACAUUAUCCGUUUUUCUGGAGAAAAAAAAAACCGACUCUUGGAGAGAGUGCAAACAAACAAAAAAAAGCACACAAUCCAACACGUUAUACGAAUGCUAGAGAAAACAAACAAUAAGCAAGAGAAAAAAACACAUUUACUAAAUUAUUUAUUUUGUAGGUUAAGUCCAAUUAGUCAAUCGUUCGAAAGGCAGCCAAGUGACGUUCUGUUAAGUUUUUGUUUGGAUUCCCGUCGUUGUUGUUAUUGUUUUGUUGUCAUUAUGUUGAGAAACAAUAUUAAGAACAAAGUUCAUCAGAGCAGGCGAAGAAGCUCGGGCAAAGAAAAAAAAAGAAACAAACAAGCAGACGUGAAACACUUUAAGGGUCAACUGUAGGCAAUUACUUAUAUACAUAGGCGUGUGUUGUAAGCGAAAGUUGACAGCGGAAUUCACGCACAGGCAUCGGGAAAUUUUUUUUCGUCCGUGGUCGCGGUCGGAGAGCGGAGAAAGAAAAUUCCUGCUCUAGCAAUGGGUCGCCAUAUUUAUUUUUAAUUACUUUUAAAGGACGCGCGUACGGCGCAGCAUGCGCUCGGUUUUUAUUUAUGCUUUUUUCCCCGUCUUUUGUUGUUAAAUUUUUUUUUUUUUUAAUGAAGGGUGUCUUUUUCGUUCCAUUAAUUGAUAUUUUAUCUACGUAAUAUAACACUGCCUAUAGACAAUUCCAAUGGUUCCACCGUGCACGGUCGCUGCAUCUCAGGUCGGCCUAUCAUGAUUCGUUCCAAAGCAAGGGUGGAAAGGAGGGAAUAAUUUAAUUUUUCGGGACUCUCACGUCCCCACCGUUCGCCGCGGUGCGGUAAACAUGACAAUGCCCUGGAAUGCGACGACGGUUCUUCAGCCCUCGCCACAGCAUUGUGGAACCAUUGAAAAUGAGAGAAAACUAAAAACGCAGCAAAUGCAGCUUUACUUGCUUAAAGCGGCGCACGCCGCCGCACGUACUUUAAUCUCCUAUAUUUAUGCUCACUUAACCCAACAGCACAGGGAGUGAAGACCUCCGUAUUUAUUUAACCCAUUCCGAGCUGUAAUCUUGAUUACUUAUUGAAUCAGUGCUAACAAAAGGUAAACUCUCUAUUUUUAAUAAAUACACAUAUUAACGCUCCUCGCUGGGCCGAAAGAGUCGAGGGACUGCGGUGGUCACAUUUUAAAAAUGUGACCCCCUCGGGAAUCAUCAUUCUCCUUAACCCGCUAACCCCGUUCCUGUUCCGGCGGCUACUGUUCCGAAAACUUACUUCCCUUACUGUCAAAAAAAAAAAAAAAAAACAAACAUUCGGGUCUAUUUAGACUAAUAAUAUUUACUGCUAAUGAUAUUUAUUUUAGGUUAGUCGAAUACUCUGAGCUAUUAAAUGUAGUGAACUUCAAUUGCAUUAAUCAGACGAAGAAAUAAAGGAUAAAAAUAUGUAAGCAAUUAUAUAUUUGUGCGAGUAAAAUGUAUCAUAUUUAUACUGUUGAGAAGAUAGUUUUUAAAAGGAAAAAAAUAAUUAAAACAGAGAUCAGUACUAGCACCGUAAGUAAUUUAUUCUACCUUUAAACCGUUUACUUUUAAACGGCGCCUGUGUGCCCAGGGAGGCUCCAUCGGGUGCAUUCCAAAACAGGUUCGCAGUUUACAUUUCCUCCUCCCCACUUAGAGAUACUGCUGUAUGUCACACAACCCGAGCUAAUGCUCGCUUAUAAGCGAGCGGCGGAAUCACGGGAAAUCACUAGUUUAGUAAAUAAAUAUUGCAAUAAAACAAAAUAUAAUAA